GGUUAGUGUCUAUAUGUUGUUUGGUUAGUGGUUGAAGUGAAUUCUUUAUUCUUCCCCUUUUUGUUUGAAGUAUCGAUAUUGUCACCGAUUUCGAUACCAUAGACAUUGCACUGGGCUGCUUAUUAUUUUAUAUGGUCACAUUGAUUACAUUCAAAUUCAUAUUCGAUUGGUUAUCUUGUUGGUUUUUGCAUAUAUUGAUUUUUUUGUAUUUACAUUACAGCCACCUAUACAUUCGAGAUGCAAAUACCAAUUACUAGAGUUGGCAAUUACUUACUCGAAUUCAGCGACGAGUUUCUAAACAAUUCAUCAAGCCAAUAUCGACAUCUGAGUUCAAUAAUUCUUGAUGCAAUCGAUCGAAUGGUCAUGCAGUCCGACUUCCGCGAUGUAUACCAUGGUGUCCAAUCAAAAAAAUUGUACUCCAACAGGAAUGGCGCAGUGUUGGGCUGUUUUUUGCUACAGUUGUCGGAGAACAGCAACGAAAAACGCUUAGGAACUGUUUUUAAGAAAUACCUGCGCCAGAGUAACUACAGUAUUGGAGGAACUGAGUUAUAUACGUCCAAGGAGGAUAUCAACAUGUUGUCAAUUAAAGAUUUCAACGAAUGCGCCCACGAUGAGUUCAAUGAUUGUUCUACUCAUGCCCAAUGCUUCAAUUUGGUUGGCAGCUACACCUGCAGCUGCUCCGACGGCUAUGUGGACACAUCGGAUAACCCAAUUUAUCCGGGCCGUCAAUGCUCGGAUCAUAUAGUUGGCUGCGAUAAGUGCAACUACCACGGCAACUGUGUUACACCGAUUUUGAAUGGGACUCCAGUCUGCGAAUGCUUUGCUUGGCACGCUGGCGCCAUGUGUCAGUUAAAUUUAAAGAUUCUGCUAAUAAGCCUAAUCGCAAUAGGCACCGUGUUUAUCGUGUUGCUCGUCUGCGUGCUGCUGAUCUAUUCAAGACGCCGGGUGCGGGUUGGUUCGUCGUCAAGGCCCAUAUUUAUAACGGCGUCCAAUUACCAUCCCAGCAUGUUGACAACGUCCAGCAGCAAAACGGGCGUGUCCUCUGCAGCUCUUAUACGUAAAUGCGGCAGCAUGGAGAAGCAUGUGAUUUUAAAUGACUCGAAUAGCGAAUCUAGUCACAAUUCUAGGCCAUAUUCGUUUAAGGAAUCAGAGGCAGCCGAUACUGUCGAACCGGAACAAUCGGAUCGGUCACUUACGGUGAUGAUUCCGCGAGCGAAAUACUACCACCCGACGGUUUUACCACAUGCACAACUUAAGCAGCACGAGUUGACACUGGAAAAAGUCGAUAAAACUAUUUUAUUCAAAGGGACGCCACAAUUUUAUGAUGGCAAACUAAAAGGAAUAGCAGGAGAUGAGUCUGAGCCCUUUGGCAAGGAAUGUGCUGCCCAAAACAGUGGCGCCCUCGUCUCUGCUGGCUUUGAGGUGUCUGCAAUUGUAAGCGAUCGGGCAGUUCAAUCAAGCCAAACAGUCGAGUGGAAGGAAAAUGGAAAUGACCAGACACAUCAAAAAAUAUCGAGAGCAAACUUAGAAGCCAUUUUAAAUUGCGGCGAGGAUAUUCACAAAAUGAGCUCCUGGAUGUCUAAUAUUCCUACGAAUUCUAUAUCGGCCGAUGUGCGCUCAUUUGAUGAAACGACAGUCCAGGCUGUAACCAAAUCGAUGCACCUUUCUUUCGACAAAGUGGCGCAGAGUACUACCAAUGAGGAGGCGAACACAAUGACAGAGCGAGAUCUUGGCUCUACAUUUUUGCUGCCGCAUACGCACCUUUACAAGCCAGAGAAGCUCGAGAGUGACCUGUCCGGCUUUGACUCGUUAUAGGAUAUAUAUAUAUACAUAUAUAUAAAUUUGGGAGAGUCAACUCAUAUGAUUAAAUUUAGAUCAUUGAUACUUACCUCUCUUUGUUAAAACAUUUUUUACACCGACGCUAUUGUAACAUAAUUCACCACGAAGGCAGCAUACCUCUAGGUUUUCGCAUUUGUUAUAAUCAUAUUAUAGGGAAUAAUGAAAUA